AUGGCCGAAGAAUUGAAGGUUGCGCCAGUUCUUUCGACGCCGGACACACGGAUUCUGGAAGAAACUGAACCUACGGCGAGCAGUCAACCUAUAGGCCAGAAUCUAUCAGAUGAGGAAUUCCGCAUCACAUACGAUAUUGAGCGAACGAUCAGGGAGAUAAAGGAAGGAAAAUGGCAAAGGAUAGCCCUUCAAUUCCCAGAUGAUAUGCUGCCUGAUGCGCCGAGGGUUUUUCAGCUGUUGAGCCGUGGACUCGACGCUCACAAGGAGGGGACUAAUGGCAACCGGACGCAAUACACAACCAAUGGCCACGAUAGAGAUGAUAAAGACAACGAGGACGUGGCUGAUGCUAUCAACCGGGAUUUGAAUUUUGACGAGAAGACUGAGAGCCCAGCUCCCAGAUUAUAUAUUCUUGCGGACACCUCCUACGGGACCUGCUGCGUAGAUGAAGUUGCGGCAGAGCACGUCGAUGCUGAUGUCGUAGUGCAUUAUGGGAGAUCAUGUCUAUCACCAACCGCAAGGCCGCUUGACCAUGAUGCGGUCAUACAGGCCUUUGAGGAAUCAUACCCAAAUCAAGACGAGAAGGUUGUGGUCGCUGCAGACGUCACAUAUGCUGCCCAUGUCGGGGCAAUAGCAUCAAUACUCAUACAUAAAAAAGGGUAUACAAAUGUAUUUGCGGCUCAAAUAGUGCAUAACCCUUCAUCACCAAUUCCCAACCGAACAAUUCCACGUUCAGUCGAGGCCGGUCAAGAGCCGCUGAACGAAUGGCAGCUCUUCCAUGUCUCGGAUCCCCCAACCUCGUUGCUUCUGACUCUGUCUUCCCGUGUUGCCGCAAUACGGAUAUAUCCUACUGACACAGGGGCUAGUCAACUUGGCUCUGGAAGCAAGGCUCUACUAGCAUCCACCGCAAUCUCUCUUCGUCGUCGAUAUGCGAUUCUCACAUCCCUCAACACUACACCGAUAUUCGGUAUUCUUGUGAAUACUCUCAGCGUUAAGAACUACCUCCACAUAGUGCAACAUGUCCAAAAACUCAUCACUGCAGCGGGGAAGAAGAGCUACCUGUUUGUUGUCGGGAAGUUGAACGUGGCCAAAGUAGCAAACUUCAGUGAGAUAGGGGGAUGGGUCAUCAUUGGAUGCUGGGAAAGCUCGCUUGUGGACAGCAGAGACUUUUGGAGACCGGUCAUUACGCCGUAUGAGCUAGAACUCGCUCUGCAAAGUGACAACGAGAGGGUAUGGACUGGAGCGUGGAGCAGCGAUUACCAGUCACUUCUCGAAUCAGAGAGUCGUGUUGUGGCGAGCCAAAAAACAGACAAUCCUUCCUCAUCUCCGAUGAAGGCUGAAACUGAGGCUGAAACAAAUGCAGAGGGAGACGAUGCUUUUUCUGAGCCGGAGUCAGCUCCCCCUGAUUUCGACCUCCGAACGGGCCGAUAUGUCUCGACAUCGAACACACGGCCUAUGCAGACUUCGUCAGGUCCUGUAUCUGCUUCCAAUUCAGCCCACGAACGGGCUGCUGGUGGCUCGAAAUCACUGGCUAAACGGUUCAACUCGGACGUUGCCACGAUCGGCGGCGUCGUCUCUCCCGGCGCAGAGUUUCUCAAGUCCAGUAGAUCAUGGAGGGGGCUGGGCAGUGAUUUUGUCGUUGAAUAUGAGGAAGACACUGGCCAGGACAGUGGUCUCAAGGGGAGCGCCGUGGUCGAAGGUCUUUCGGGAAUUGCCCGUGGGUAUAGAAUUGGUGACAACCAGGAACGGCGAUAG